GUCGGUGUGCACCUUGCUGCGCGAGCUGUUCCGCCCAGAGUCGGUUAGGUCGCGUCUUCGGAGAAAGAGCGCGAGGAGCCGUAAACAAAUUGAGUUAUUUAUCGACGCUGUACUCUUCUCUUCCGUGAUGAAAUGUCGAGUUUAAGAUAAUGUAUCACAUGAGCUGAACAUUAGCUUUCCAACUUGUAAGAGACGUUUAACCCGCGCUAGGUGUUAGGAUAAAGCUAAGAGCUAACCGCCUAGCUUGCUGUGGUGUGUCCGGGCCGGAUCUGCCUUCUCAUGCCCUGCUGGGACCUGACGGAACAUGGUGUCGUGGAUCAUAUCGAGGGCCGUGGUGCUGCUGUUUGGAACCCUGUACCCGGCGUACUACUCUUACAAAGCAGUGAAAACCAAAAACGUAAAAGAAUAUGUCCGCUGGAUGAUGUACUGGAUCGUGUUUGCACUUUACACAGUUGCGGAAACCAUCGCAGACCUCAGCGUAGCCUGGUUUCCCCUCUAUUAUGAAAUAAAGAUUGCCUGUGUGAUCUGGCUCGUGUCUCCGUACACUAGAGGAGCCAGUGUAAUCUAUAGAAAGAUCCUACAUCCUCUACUGACGUCAAAAGAACGGGAAAUCGAUGACUACAUUGUUCAAGCUAAAGAGCGCAGCUAUGAAACAAUGCUUCACUUCGGCAAGCAGGGCCUAAGUAUAGCAGCCACCGCAGCUGUCUCUGCAGCUGUCAAGGGCCAGGGUGCCAUCACAGACAAGCUGAGAAGUUUCAGCAUGGUCGACCUCACCCAGAUCCCGCAUGAUGAUGCGGUCGGCGAGCAGUACUCGUCAUACUCCAGCUCCAAUCCCGCCAGGAGAGCACUAGCCUCCAGCCAGCACGACGGAGCCGGUUAUUACGAGGACGCCGAGGAGGAGCGAGGUGGCAACGACAGCGAUACCGUGUUCUCCGAAGACGAAGCCGUAACUCAGCGCGGCCUCAGGCGCUCUCAAAGCACCAAAAGCACACGCUCCAAACACCGUAAAGAUUUUCGUUAUGGAUCCCUGAAGAUUAAAGGGCGACGGAGGCCUGCACUAAACGCCAUGACGUAUACCAGCACUGACCAGUAACUACUGACCCUGGAGAACUUUUACCUACAGAAGCCUAGCGAGUGUUAAUAUUCUCCUCUCCUCUUAGUGGCUGUGGGUUCUUUUAUCGUUCAUGCCGAAAAUCGAGUAGGUUUUUAACGCAGCACCAACACCUAUUUAUUUUUCAACUCCAGAGUUAAACCGACGACACGAGCUUGUACAUUUGCAAGAAUAUUGUGUGAGAAAAUGUAGUGUGUGUGUGUGGGUUUGUGCUUAAUGUAGAUGUUGAUGUAUGGUGUGGCCUAUUCUGAAUUUGAUAUUCAGUUUGGGUUUUAGAAUUUUAAAUUGUAUUUACUACGUUUUCUAAAGUGUUCCUAGCUAAAAGUGUAUUCCUUUGGAGGUGGGUUUUGAUAUUUACGUCAUCUGUAUGUUUAUGCUGCCUUAUAUCCUUGUCGUUUUCCUAUUGCUGAUUAGGUAAAUCAUUGUGAUACCAGUACACUUGAAUGCGAUCAAACCAAAAGUGUCCUUUAUCAUUAAAGAAAAAAAGAAUUUUAAUGACCGUGGGGGAAAAAAUGCAACUUAAUUAUGAAUUAUGAAUAUUGCUGAUUUUUACCAAGCUUGUAUAAAACCAGUUUUGCACAUUUUUUAAAAAAAGUUUUGUAUGUCAUCUCAAAGCAGAAUGUAUUCUUGACUGGGAAAAGAACCACAUGCUGUAACUUCAUACCAAAGUCAUGUAAUCCACUACAUCUGUUGGGGGUUAGGUUUAGUUUAAGGUGUGCCUGUGGUUACUGAAUGCUCCACUCCUAAAUUAUGUCCCGGUGUGUCUGAAUAAACUUUGUGAGUUUGCAGUUGAA